GGAGGAAACAUCCUCGAUUUAAUUAUUAUUUUAUUUUUGUAAAAUAAAAUAAUAAAAUAACGUAGAGACGGCAAUUGGGCAUUACGUCAGAGUCCACCGUAGCAUUGUUUCAUGUUCUUCUUGCUGUUGUUGUUGUUGUUCUUCUUCUUCUUCUUCUCUCUCUCUAUGAAAGUGCAAAGACUAUAAUAUAUUUUGAUAUUAUUAAUGAAUGAGUGAACUAUGUUUAUUCUUAUCUGCAACUAAACAACAAACAUAUUCAAUACUCAAACUCAUUUUGUUUCUCUUUAUUAAUUACUAUUAAUAUUUUCUUCAUAGCCGCCUCUAUUGAAUUGAAUUCUCUCUGUACGGAAGUAGUAUCUCUUUGUUUCUUUCAGUUUCAGUUUCACCUCAGAUCCCAACUUACCAACUUUCCUUUCUUUUCCAUCAAAUUUUGUCUUUUACUGUGUUCCAUAGUCUUUAAAUUCAUAAAAACCUGUCUCCUUGUGUUUUUUUAUUAUCUGAUUUAGUGUUCCAGAGAAAUUCAAGGUCAUUUAAGAAAACCCCUUUUCAAAAAAUUUGAUCUUUUCUUCUCACUGUUGAAAAUUCAAGUUUCCUUUUUUAUCAGUUCAUAAUAGUUUCCUCAUCAAUUCAUAGUUGCCCAAUUUGGUCAAUUGGGCUAAGUGUUUUGAUUAAUUGCUUUUCAAACAAGUUUUCUUUUCUUAGUGUUUUGAUUUUUGUGGAAGUGGAACCAUAACUCAUUUGGGCUAUUAACUAUGAGGUAAUCAAAAUUUGUGUUUGUAACAAGGAAAUGUUUUGCUUAUGUAUUAGGACAAAAAACUGCAAUUGGUGUGCACUGUUUUUUUGAAGACCUGGUAUCUGGCCCAACAACUGACUAAUCCGAGGGACACUAAUCUCGCCGUCCACUAGGGGGGGAAUUGAGUGCACUGUUUAGUUAAGAAUGGAUGUAACUGUUUUGUUCUUGGUACUAUUGUUGCAAUUGUCAACAAUUUUUGGGUCUGAAGUUGUGUUACAGACAAAGGAUUGUGGCAAUAAUUUGGUAGCAAAUUCAUAUUCUAGUCAUGGUGAGGAGGUGUUUUACAUAAAUAGGAAUGUUGUAAACAAAGUUGAUUUCUGUAAAGCUCUUCAAUUGUAUAUUGCAAAUGGUUGUGAUUUGAAGGACUACUUUGAAAGCAACAACUGUGUGUUGGAUUUGGAUGUUACUUUUGUGAAUUUGCCUUCAAAAGGAGGAAGGAAACUUUUGCUAAAAGAUUUAAACAAUAAUUCGACAUCACAAGGAGAGUCUAAGUCUGUGUCAAGCAACCAAGUUGGAAUUUUUGCAGGUGGAGCUUUGUUGGUAUGUUGUGCUGUUGUCUGUCCUUGUUUCUAUGGGAAGAGAAGGAAGGCAACUUCUCAUGCUGUUCUUGAAAAGGACCCAAAUUCAAUGGAUUUAGCUUCCUCAUUUGAACCAUCUGUUUCUGAUAAGAUUCCGGCUAGUCCACUUCGUGUUCCACCUAGUCCAUCGAGAUUCUCAAUGUCUCCAAAACUCAGUAGACUUCAGUCAUUACAUCUCAACCUGAGCCAGGUUUCCAAAGCUACUCGUAAUUUUUCAGAAACAUUACAAGUUGGAGAAGGAGGUUUUGGAACUGUUUACAGGGCUCAAUUAGAUGAUGGACUGGUCGUGGCUGUAAAACGUGCAAAAAGGGAACAUUUUGAGAGUUUGAGAACAGAAUUCAGCAGUGAAGUCGAACUUCUGGCCAAAAUUGAUCAUCGAAACCUUGUGAAGCUACUUGGUUAUAUUGACAAAGGAAACGAACGUAUCCUUAUUACGGAGUUUGUGCCAAAUGGUACUCUUCGAGAACAUUUGGAUGGUUUGCGUGGAAAAAUUCUGGAUUUCAAUCAGCGCCUUGAAAUCGCAAUCGAUGUUGCUCAUGGAUUGACCUAUCUGCAUCUGUAUGCAGAAAAACAAAUUAUCCAUCGAGAUGUGAAAUCAUCCAACAUUCUUCUGACUGAAAGCAUGCGGGCUAAAGUCGCUGAUUUUGGAUUUGCAAAGCUUGGUCCCGUAAACAAUGACCAUACACACAUAUCUACCAAAGUGAAGGGAACAGUUGGUUAUUUGGAUCCUGAGUAUAUGAAAACAUACCAUCUCACUCCUAGAAGUGAUGUUUACUCGUUUGGAAUUUUGCUUUUAGAAAUUCUGACUGGCCGUCGUCCUGUGGAGUUGAAAAAAAGUCCUGAAGAACGAGUUACAUUAAGAUGGGCCUUCAGGAAAUAUAAUGAAGGAAGUGUGGUGGAACUGCUUGAUCCUUUAAUGCAAGAAGCUGUAAAAACAGAUGUUGCUGUGAAGAUGUUUGAUUUGGCAUUUAAUUGUGCAGCACCAGUAAGAACAGAUAGACCUGAUAUGAAAACAGUUGGGGAGCAAUUGUGGGCAAUAAGAGCAGAUUACCUCAAGAGUAGUGCAAGUACAACUGCAUGAGUGAAUGAUUGAUGAAAUUUGACCAUUAUGAUGAUAUUCUCAAUUUGGUGACAUUUUCUUUAUUUCUUUCUUUAUCAUGCCUAAAAGUGUUUCAGGUAUUGUGACAUGUUAAUUUUCAUUUGGGGUCUUAAUCUAGAUGGAUUUCUUAAUUCAAACAUAAACUGCAAAAGUCAUUCUGAUGUUUAGAUUGUGGAAGAGUUUUUACUUAGUAAAUAGAACAUGUUGACUCUAUUCUGGAUUUGGAUUUGACGCAGUAACUAAAUCACACGAUUACUCGUCUUAACCAUCUGAUCUAAAAUCAACGUAUGAGAUUGUAUAUAGUUGAUUUUAUUGAUAUGUAAUUUGAACUGUCAGUGUCCGAUUUUAAAUCGAUAGAACAUUUUCCUUGUAAAGUUGAUUGUGGAUUUUGGCUCAUUUGGAUUAGUUCAUGAAAAUUCCUCAAUCAAAAUAAAAUUAUGGGGUUUUAUUUAGGACGA